GGAGGGAGAAUGCGUGCGAGAAAACCUCCUACAUGUUCCUGCGUAAGGAGCUGCCGGUGCGGCUGGCCAACACCAUGAGAGAAGUCAACCUCCUGCCCGACAACCUGCUGAGUCAGCCCUCCGUCAGGCUCGUUCAGAAAUGGUACAUGCAGAGCUUCGUGGAGCUGCUGGAGUUCGAGAACAAGAAGCCGGAGGACCCUCACACUCUGAACGAUUUUCUGGAGCUCCUGAUUGAGAUCCGGAACCGUCACAACGACGUGGUUCCCACCAUGGCUCAGGGGGUCAUCGAGUACAAGGAGAAGUUUGGCUUCGACCCGUUCAGCAGCAGCAACAUCCAGUACUUCCUCGACCGCUUCUACACCAACCGCAUCUCGUUCCGCAUGCUCAUCAACCAGCACACUCUCCUGUUCGGUAACGACACCAACCCAGCCCAUCCGAAACACAUCGGCAGCAUCGACCCCAACUGCAACGUCUCAGAAGUCGUCAGAGAUGCCUAUGACACUGCCAAGAUGCUGUGUGAGAAGUACUACUCAGCUGCUCCGGAGCUUAAGAUCGAGGAGUUUAACAUGAAGACUCCCAAAAAGCCCAUCCAGGUGGUGUAUGUGCCCUCCCAUCUGUUCCACAUGCUGUUUGAGCUCUUCAAGAACUCGAUGAGGGCAACUGUGGAGCUCCAUGAGAACAGUAWCGAAGGACUGCCGCCAGUGAAGGCAAGAGUCACUCUGGGGAAAGAAGAUCUCUCUGUAAAGAUCAGCGACAGAGGGGGAGGAGUUGCUCUGAGGAAGAUAGAUCGGCUCUUUAACUACAUGUACUCCACUGCCCCGACGCCGAGCCUGGAGCCAGGAGCUGUCCCGCUGGCUGGUUUUGGUUACGGUUUACCCAUUUCACGACUCUAUGCUCGAUACUUCCAAGGGGAUCUGAAGCUAUACUCCAUGGAGGGGGUGGGCACGGAUGCAGUCAUCUAUCUGAAGGCUCUUUCCAGUGAGUCCUUUGAGCGCCUGCCUGUAUUCAACAAGUCAGCUUGGCGGCAUUACAAGACCAGCCCAGAGGCGGACGACUGGAGCAACCCCAGCAAGGAACCACGUGACGCCACCUCUUCAGAUGUGAAAUGAGAGAAGAAUUCGGUGUUGAAAGUUUCCACAUCCUGUAGGUUCUCCACAGUUCUGUAAGAUUUCAUCACUGCCAACGCCUUCUGAAACCUGCCAGUCAAACUGAGUGAUGCUCGCUGACAGACCUGCUGUAAAACUUCUCAUUGAGUAGCAGUUUGAUGUGUUGGUAAAUGUUUAGUCUCCCUUUUAGACCAGGAAAAACAAAAGAACACUUCAUUGUUAUUAAGCUGUACUGUCAUCAGAGACUCCACUACUCCAGAGAAUAUUACGUAAAUGAAUAUAAUUUGUAUGCUGUAUAUAAACAACUGUGGCGUGAUUACUGUGUUUUUAAAUGCAGACAUCCAAGUAGUGCAACUUCCACCACAUAAAGAAACAACAYAUGAUUCAGCAAGAAGUAAAAUUAAGAAAACAGCUACUGUCAAACUUGAAAAUAAAACUGUUCUGUGUGAUCAAUUUGUGGUGGUUUAUGUUUUUUGAUGGAGAAAAAUAAAAUUUACAUUCCUGAAUUUAA